CAAGAAUUCAGAGUCAGCACGAGGCAUGUGAGCUUCAAAUUGAUACAGAUACUGCGCCCACUCUUAGUGCAUCAUCCGGUUUGUCCGAACCGUUCUUGCUAACGACUUCUUUGUUACGGAGUACGUCACCUCCUUACUCAACAAGAAACAGAUCCAGCUAGAACAAUCUGCGAUGUCAAACUAUCGCUUGAAAUGUAGUACCGAUGUUUGCCUCAACACAAAGGAGGGAGCGAUAGUGGAAAGUUAGUCAGAGUAUAAAGAUGAACCGUAGGUCGGCUCGGUAGGUUGUGUCUCUUAAUCACGAUUACACACUUAAGAUAAGUAUCACAACUGAUCGAAGAAAGACGUGAGUAGCCAAUUCGAAGAUAUGAGUGACAAAUCAGGAAGUGGAAGAGACCGAAACAGUGAGAUGCCUGCAGAAAAGAAGGGGAAAGCCGAGAGAGAAGCGAUCUUGAAGGCCAAACUCGCAGAGACCUUGCGACUUGCUCGAAGGCUAUUGAACGAACUCAGUAACGAUGACGAUGCACCAGAACCGGCGGAGAUCUUAGAAACCACAGGUAGCGAUCUGAUCGGCCAAGAGGAUGAGGAAGAUGAUCUAGUUAAGCAGAGUACAACGGGUGAAUCAGAGUUGUCUAGGAACAAGGGAAAUAGUGGCAAAGCGAAUAUGGGCGAGCCAACCAAUACCACUUCACAUGCGCAUCACGAGAAACAAAACCUGGAGGUUCCAUCUGAUCUCACAGUUACAGAAGCGACUUUGACUGAGAAAGUUGGCGUAGCUUUCGACAAAAAAUAUCGAUGUAUCGCACGCAGGAAAAAGUCGAACAAGAGUAACGUGGAGAUGUUAGUCCUGGCUGAUGAACUUCAAUGGCUUAGGAGAACUGUUGUUCGGCCCGACCUCCCGGAGGCUUUCGAAGAUUAUAAAAGAGCUAAAGAAGCAGGAGAAUUUAGGAAAGUAGCGAUACCGAGGUGGCACGAGGUCCAGGUACUCGAGAGCGUCAGUUUGGAUACUGACGUGAACUCUGGGGAGGAUGACGGCAGUGAUGAUGGCACUCCCGGAGACGAAAAGGAUGAACCCGUACUACUAGACAGCGGAGAUGACACGCAGGCUGGAGUAGAUGAGCAAAAUAGCUUAGUAGCAGAUGCAGAAACUCAGACAGAGCCUGAUCAGGCUGCACUAGACGACGCUGAAUCUAGUAGCAGCGCAGAGUCUCAAAGCUCUGAACAGCAACGUGUCUCGAAAAAGGGCGUAGCAGCUACGGAAGAAAAGAAUAGAAAGAUUCUUAGAAAGAAUGUUCAGGGAGAGGCAGCAGAGAGAACAUCAAAGUCUCAAAAGGACAACAAGAGAGGCUCCGCCGCGCCGGCCAGUAUGCAACCACCAGCGAAGAAGCCAAAGUCUGCGAAGACCGCAAAACAUGCUGAAAAUUCGGGUGAGGAUGACAUCGAGGGUAUAGUCGAUGCGGACCCAGAACAGACAUAG